UAUUUUUCAGUAAAUUAAUAUUCUAAAUGAAUGUAAAUGUUUUUAUCCAAAGCAAACUUUCUUACUUCAAGCAUCUUAUUUCGACCAAGUUUGUGUGGCAUUAAGGUGCUGAUAACAAAAAGUUAUUCUAGCAAUAAAGGGACAACAAAUGUUUUUGAUGAAAAAACCAAAGUUCACCAGAAGAGGAUUGCUGCAAAAUUUCAAGAUGAAGAUGUUUAUGAUUAUCUUAAAAAUGAAGUAGCAGAAAGAGUUGCAGAUAGAUUAGCUGAUAUCUUGAAGUAUUUUCCAAAGGCUUUAGACUUUGGUGCAGGAAAGGGUUAUUUAGCAAAGUACCUAAAUAAGGAAGAAAUUGGUAAAUUGUACCAGCUUGAAUCAACUAAAGAGAUGUUGGAUUUAUGUAAACACACUGAUCUUGAUGUUGAAAGUAUAGUUUAUCAAGAUGGAAAGUUUCCGUUUGAAGAGAACUCUCUUGAUUUGAUUCUCAGUAGCUUAAGCUUACAUUGGAUUAAUGAUCUACCAGCUAUUUUUUCACAAUUAUAUCACUGUUUAAAAGAAGAUGGUGUAUUUCUAGCUGCAAUGUUUGGAAAGGAUACUUUAUUUGAGCUUAGGUGUGCUUUACAGCUGGCAGAAAUUGAAAGAGAAGGGGGGUUUGGACCACAUGUAUCACCUUUUACUGAAAUGAGAGAUGUCAGUGCUUUGUUAAAUGGAGCAGGGUUCAAUCUAACUACUAUUGAUCAAGAUGAAAUUAUUAUCAGUUAUCCUUCAAUGUUUGAACUUAUGCAUGAUUUGAAAGGAAUGGGUGAAAACAAUGCAACAUGGACAAGAAAAAAUAUCUUGCAUAGAGAUUCUAUGUUAGCUGCUGCCGCCAUAUAUAAUGAGUUAUAUGGCAAUGGGGAUGGUAGUAUUCCUGCAACAUUCCAAAUUAUAUAUAUGAUUGGAUGGAAACCUUCAAAAAACCAGCCAAAGCCUUUAGAAAGAGGAAGUGCUACAGCAAGUUUUAAAGAUUUGGAAAAAAUAGCUUCGCAAGUUAAUAAAAAAUAAAUAUACUUUUUUAAAAUGAAAA